AUGGGCCAGAACCAGUCAGGCCUCGGUGGCCCCGGUGGACCACCAGGCGACGGGGACAAGAAAAAGGGCGACAAGAAGGAUAAGCCAAAGUACGAGCCGCCACCACAAACACAGCGCAUCGGCCGCAAGAAGAAGAAGGCCGUGGGUCCCAACGCCGCCGCCAAACUUCCCACCAUCUAUCCGACCGCAAGAUGCAAGCUGCGAUAUCUGCGCAUGCAGCGUGUGCACGAUCACUUACUGCUGGAGGAGGAGUUUGUGGAGAAUCAGGAGCGGAUACGCAAGGCCAAAGCAGUGCAGAACCAAGCACCUCAAACCUCCGGCGGCGACAGCGAUGCUCUCGACCGCAACGCCGAUGAGAGAAGUCGGGUCGAUGACAUGCGUGGCUCUCCCAUGGGGGUUGGUAAUCUCGAGGAAAUCAUCGACGACGACCACGCUAUCGUUUCCUCCGCCACCGGUCCGGAAUACUACGUCUCCAUCAUGUCUUUUGUCGAUAAGGAUCUCCUCGAACCCGGCGCUUCCAUCCUCCUGCAUCACAAGAGCGUGUCCGUCGUGGGGGUAUUGACAGAUGACGCCGAUCCGCUGGUGAAUGUGAUGAAGCUGGACAAAGCCCCGACUGAAUCAUACGCGGAUAUUGGUGGUCUCGAACAGCAGAUUCAAGAAGUCCGCGAGGCCGUCGAACUUCCCCUCCUACACCCCGAGCUCUAUGAAGAGAUGGGUAUCAAGCCUCCAAAGGGUGUAAUUCUCUACGGUGCACCCGGUACUGGAAAGACUCUCCUCGCCAAAGCUGUUGCCAACCAGACAUCUGCCACCUUCCUCCGCAUUGUCGGUUCAGAGUUGAUCCAGAAAUACCUUGGAGAUGGACCGCGUCUCGUGCGCCAACUCUUCCAAGUCGCUGCCGAACACGCUCCUUCCAUCGUCUUCAUUGACGAGAUUGAUGCUAUUGGAACAAAGCGUUACGAGUCCACCUCUGGUGGUGAGCGUGAAAUCCAACGUACCAUGCUUGAACUCCUCAACCAGCUCGAUGGUUUUGACGACAGAGGAGAUGUCAAGGUCAUCAUGGCAACAAACAAGAUCGAGACUCUCGACCCAGCACUCAUCCGGCCUGGACGAAUCGACCGAAAGAUUCUUUUCGAGAACCCCGAUCAAAACACUAAGCGCAAGAUCUUUACCCUGCACACCAGCAAGAUGAACCUCGCCGAAGGUGUUGAUUUGGAGGAGUUUAUCGGGCAGAAGGAUGAUCUCAGUGGUGCCGAUAUCCGUGCUAUCUGCUCUGAGGCUGGUUUGAUGGCGUUGAGAGAGAGGAGAAUGAGGGUCAACAUGGAGGAUUUCCGAACCGCCAGGGAGAAUGUCAUGAAGACCAAGACCGAGGGUGAGCCGGAAGGCUUGUAUUUGUAG